ACGAAACUUCAUUCCUCUCCUUCCCCACCUCGUCACUUACUUCUUAACUGUGUGUUACCAUCUCGGUACGGUAACCAUGUCUUGGGUCUUGAUCACUUCUGCGUCUGGUUUCACCGGCUCGCAUGUUGUCCAUCACUUGCUCGAAGCCGGCUACUUAGUCCGAGGAACUGCUCGCUCGGCAAGGAAGGCGGAGCAGGUUAGAGAUGCCUAUGCGGGAACUGCCUACCGCAACCGUUUUCAGGUUGCGAUUGUGCCGGACUUCGCCACAAGUGACAUGACAGAAGCCUUUAGGGGCGUUAGCGCUGUCAUUCACGUCGGUUGUCCUUUGGGUGGCUCACCCGAAGUGGUAUUAGAGGGAGCGGUCUCGGGUACCAAAAACAUCCUUCGGCAUGCUCUCAAGGCAGGCGUCAAAAAGAUUGUCGCGACUUCAUCAAUCGUGUGUAUGGCAAAGUUCGAGGACUUUUGGAAACGCCGUGUCAUCGGAGUCAACGACUGGAAUACGCAGUGCUAUGAAGAUGCUUUCGAUCCGGAUCGCGGUCUCUUUGAUGCAUAUGCAGUUGCGAAAUCAUUGGCCGAGCAAGAACUCCGCCGGUUCCACAUCAAGCAUCCCGAUGUGGAUGUCACCACUAUUCAUCCACCUUUCAUCUACGGACCGUAUGGCCACUGCCAGGUGACCGACAAUGACAGCUUUGUGCGCCUCAACUCCAACGGCCUCCUAUACGCCCUCAUCAGCGGUUCUCCAGAUCGCUCCCUCUCCACUCAAUCAUCCGUUAUGCCCAUGUUCGUCCACGUCUCAGACUUGGCCCGGGCGCACGUCCUUGCUCUCAAAACCCCCCCGUCGAAGCAGCCUAAAAGGAUACUCAUCUCGGGCGGAUCAUUUACAUGGCAAGACGCCAUCGAACUCAUUGCCAAAAUGAGACCACAACUUCAGCACCGGCUUCCAAAGUACGAGGAGGCAAACGCGCAGCCCUGUGCGUCUCUUGACACAAGUAGCGCUCGUCAGAUCCUAGGUAUCAAGCGAUAUAGGGGCUGGAGAGAGACAGUGUUAGAGACGAUCGACAGCCUGAUACGGAUGGAGCAGCAACUCGGCCUAUGAGUACCUUUUGUAUUUAGUUUAUGUUGGCAGAUUGAUGAGAGCAUAGAUCUUAUUUUUGACGACU